GUGGGGACUUAAUGGAAUCGGAAGACGAUUGUGGGGAGGGGAGUUAUAACAUUUUUUUGGUAAUAACGACAAGGUGGGUGUGGACUCUGUGCAAUGAAAGGAAUGGAGGACAAUCAUGAUGAUGAUGAUAUAAGACUUGAAGAGGAAAUAGAAAUUGAAUUGAGCAAAAUCAGCAUUUCUUCUCUUGAAGCUGAUGAUCCCGACACAGAUUUAUCAGAUGAAACUUCAAGCGAUAGUGAACCUAUUUCAGAUGAACUGCCAGAAUCAGUCCUCUGUUAUUUAAAUUUUGCGAGAACCAGAAGUCAAAAUGCGGAAGGACUCUUGCAAGAGAUGGACAAUGAUGACGUUUUAAGUGACUUCUACAGUGUAGUUCCUAACAGAGCUUCCGACUGCUUGGUGGAGUUGGCUUCUGAAUAUAAUGAAGAUCCAGAAGACUUAAAGAAGAGGGUACUCUCUGAAAUAGAAGAUGAGGAAUUACAAAUUUCUCCAGAGACAGAGAAUGCAGAGGUGGUCAACAAUGAUGGAAGCAUUCUUUCCAAUGAAAUAGUUGACCUUUGUUUAUUGACAGAUGGCAAUGACAGGUCCAUUAGCUUUAGUUUCCAAGAAGUUGAAACAAGAUGCAAGCAAGAAUAUGAACUUUGGCUGGAACAGCAAAAAGAAGUUGAUGAUGAAAAAAUGAAGAAGCUUAAAGAGGAGAGAGAGAUGGAAGAAAUGGAAAAUGAGAAGGAGAUGGACAAGAGACACAAACGGCAAGAGGAAUUGGAGGCAGAACGGAUGAAGUUAGAAAUGUUGCAUGCGCAGCAACAAGUUAUUUUGGAUGAGACACUACAAAAAGAAGAGGAGGCUUGGAAAGAACAAUUGAUUCAGCACAAGAAAUUGAUUCAAAGUUUACACAUGCAAAUAGAAGAAGAACAAAUUGCCUUUGAAGAACAGAAAUCAAAAGAAAGGGAACAAAUGAUUGCACAGCAGAAUAUGGCAGCUCAAAAAAUUCAAGCUUCGUUUCGAGCAUUCCGAGUAUACAAAAAUUAUGCCCCUGUACUGAAAGAAUGGAGAGCAGAACUGAAAAGAAAAAGAGACCUGCAGGAAAAAAUAGAAAGGGAACAUAGAGAAAAGGAGGAAAGAUUGAGAAGGAGGGCUCUAGAGAAGAAAAGCAAGGAGGAGGAAAGAAAAAAGGGAGACGAACACGAAAGGGAAGAGAUUGCAGAAAGGGUGAAAAGGCAUGAAGGAUAUGAACGUAAGAAACAAUUGGUAAGACUUCAGAGAGAACAACAACUAAUGUUGCUACAACAGGAAAGUAGAGAAAAAGUCAUUUUAAAAGGCUUAAAUGAAUGGGUAGUAGAACCUGAAAAUACAGAUAAAGAAAUAAAAAUGGCAAAGGAGGAGCAAGAAAUUGGAGAAGUGGAAGAGGACAGUAAAGCUGAAGAAAUUCCAAGGAGAAAAGUAACUGAAAAUAUAGAUCAAGAUACAGCACGAGCAGAAAAAGCAAAAGAAAUAGAAAAAGUGCAGGAGGAGGAGGUGGAAGAAGAACAAGACAAAACUUCCAAAAUGGAAUGUGGGAUGGCAACUACAAACUCAGAGGAAGAUUUGGAAAUAUCAAAGAAUGAAGAAGAAAUUGAAAAGGUUAAUGAACAAGAAAAAGGUAUGGCAGAAGAGCUAAAACAAAUUUUGCAAAAACAACACAUGAAAUUGACACAAGAAACAAGAUUCAUGGAAGAAAAACAAGCUAGUUCAUGGCAUGAUAAUGGAGGAGGAAAACAGAAAUCUGGAAAGACAGAAUUUCUUAAUGAAGUAAAUUGCAACUUAGUAGAGAAUGGGAUAUUUUAUGUAGAAGGCUAUGGUUCGGUUACUGCAAACUGUCAGACAGGUAGUAACACAAGAAUGCUUGAUAUAACAACUGUUCCUACAGAGAUUUCUGUUGUUGCUGAGGGAAGUGGAGGACACAGCAACCACAUCAGCAUGCAUGUUCAGUUAGGUUCUGGAGACCCUGGACAAACAGAGAGAUCUUCUGUAUCUGGAAACAUUAAGAGAGAACCUUCAGAAAAAGAAAUUCAAGAUGUUGUGGAUGAUCUUUGGGCCAAAGAUGAAAUCUCAGGCAAAUCUUUUGGGAAACCAAACCUACUUUCUGAUCGUAUUGAAGAGAAAAGAUUAUUGUGGAUGAAAACAUGCAAAUCCUGGUCAAGUAUUUGUAAGGAAAACAAGAAAAAGAAAAUAGUCGAAAGAGGAAAACCACGGAAAUGCUCAGCUAGUUUCUUGCCCCCGCUGAGUGCUUCCAUGAUGAUCCAGGCUGGCCCUUGGAAUGCUCUACAACAGGUUACCACAGUCACAUUUGAAGAUUUGCCUGGUUGCAGCCUUUCUACUUUGUCACAGUGUUGCAGACUUCAGUUCUUGAGUCUCAGAUGCUGUGGAUUAACUGCUUUGGAAGGACUUGGCAGUUGUAAAGAUCUAAAGUACAUAGAUGUAGAGGGGAACAAUAUUCAGACAAUCAAUUGUGAGAAUCUAGAAAAUCUCUGCAUUCUCAUUCUGAACAAAAACAGAAUUUCAUCCAUUCAUGGUUUAUAUGGCUGCAGUAAUCUUUGGAGUCUUGAACUGUCCUACAAUAAAAUCACUCGAAUUGGUGGCUUAGAGUCAUUGAAAAAUCUACAGCGACUGGCUGUUGAUCACAAUCAGUUGAUUAGCACCAAAGGGCUUUCUGAUGCUCCAACUCUAAUAUAUAUCGAUUGCGCCUUUAAUCAUUUAAACCACAUUGAAGGCAUUGAAAACUGUGGUCUUCUACAAAUUCUGAAGUUACAGGGGAACAACCUAAGUGAGAUCCCCAAAUUGGAAAAUCAUGUUUUGUUAAGAGAAUUAUACUUGGAAGACAACAGCAUCUCAACCUUUGAAAUGUUUUCUAAUUAUUGGCUGCCUUUGCUUCAGGUACUUUCCUUCUCACAAAACAGCUUGACACACCUUGCACCUCUUUUUUCAUAUGUGUCAUUGGAAAAACUGGACGUUAGUAACAACUGCCUGUUAGACCUUAAGAGUGUCAUCCAAUGGCUUACUGGCUGUGAUAAUCUAAGAGAAUUAUCCCUAUAUGGAAAUCCACUUCUUCAAGAAGAGAACUGGAGGUUUUCCCUACUUAAGAAUGCAACCCAGAAAUCCAAAGAAACUCUUAAUGGAUGUGUGGAUGCUGUGCAGCGCCAGUGUUGGUAUUUUAAGAAGCUCAUGAAGCUCAGUAGUGAACAUCGUUGUGCACAUGAGUAUGGUGUUCUAAAUGCUACUGAAGAAGAGGAACCAGAAGAGCAGACAAAUAAUGUGAACCAAGAAUUCAUUAACAUCACAGAGAAAAAUGCCUUCUUUGUCACUGGUGCAAAAGAAAAUAAGCAGAACUUGUUGGAUAUGCCUGAAAGAUUGAUUGCUUCUGGCUACACUCAGCCCAUGUCUGUUAACUCUUUCACGAUGGUCCCUGGAAUGGGAAGGAAUCAAGAAUGUAGGCAAAAGAAAGGGAUUAUUCAUUAUGCCCUUAAUCAGAAUGAAGAAAGCAAAGAUAGCAAUGUUUUAGUCAGUCCUGAGAGGAACAAUUUUAGCAAGCAAAUCAUGGCAAGUAAUGGAGGAAAUUAUCUUCAACACUUUGACAGUUCUCAAAACUCUGCAGCCACAAUUAUCCAAUCAUACUGGCGAGGUUACAAAGUUCGGAAAGAGAUCAACUUCUAUACAAGGCUACAUAUGGCAGCAACUGUAAUCCAGUCUUUUUGGCGAAACUACUGUGUCAGAAAAAAGACUGUUGGGUACAAAGAGGGUCAUCAUCUUAUGGACAAGCAUAAAGCUGCUACGAUACUUCAGGCACUUUGGAGAGGUUUUCAUCUGCGAAGGAAACUGGCUAGUGCCCUGGCAGCUGUUAAAGCUGAUGAUCUUGAAGAUGACUGUCAAGAAGUAAACGUGAAUUACUUUAUGUUUGAUGAUGCUGUCAUACAGAAAGAAUGGCCAACUUUGGAUUCCGCCCGUUUCCUUUCACAAACACUGCUAUUCUCAGACCAGUUGCCCUCGCCAAAGGCUAAUGAACCUGUUCAACAUGAAGGCCAAUCACAUAAUUUGAAAUGGCUAUUGCAGAAAACUAGUCAGUUUAUGGAAAGACCAAAUUCAUUCUUGUCAGAAAACAGCCCAAUUAGUAACGGGUCAGAAAAGAGCACUCUCUCACAGUUCUCUGACUUGAGGCAUUCUCCAAAGUCAUUGCUAAUAUCUGAAAAAGAGGAACAAAUUUCAGCAGAGUGGGGAUUUAAAGACCUUUCUACAGCACAGCUCAUGCUAAAGAGAGCACAUAAAAUGAAAGCAAAGAAAUCUAAGGGUAAAAAACCUGACCCAGCUGUGCGCCUGGCGUUGUUCAAAAACAAUGAAAAUAAACAUCCCCCUGUGAAACCACCAAAGAAGGCACAGACAGGAAAAACUAGUUACUUUGAAGAUAAGGAAGAAGACUUCACUUACUCAGAUAAAUUAGUAGAGAAGAUGGAAAAAAACAAAGAACGUACAUACCAGUGGCUUCAUACACAAGUUUGGGAUUAUGAAGGACCUAGUCCCAAAAAUGAAAAAUGCAAGCAUUUUUUGCCUGAGAUAGACCCUGAAGUUCUCAAGGGAGGAAGAGUUCAGCUUGUGACAAGCCCUGUAAGGAGAGAAGACACGGAUUUAGAGCUUGUUUCCGUGACUAGUGGAAGUACUUUGACUCAGAACAGAGAAAAAAAUAAUCAGCCACACAGGCACUCGACAGGAUCUCCAAAAAAGGAUGCACCUGCACCCGAGAGAUCGCAGUUGGGCCCCUCACGUAAAGAGCGGAUAUCAUUCAGAGACCAUCCGGUUCAGCUCAGCGGUGGAUGGGGAAGUGGCAAAAAGAAAGCAAAACCUUUGAAAUAGUUGUGGGACCGUCAAGCAUUUAAAACAUAUGGAGAACUGUUUCUUUUCAAAAGAUCUCUAAUUUCGCCCUGUUUGGGGAUUCUGUUUUUAAAUCAGAGGCAAAGUGCUCGACAGUCAUGUAUGCUGCACUUCACUGUAUAUGCUGUAUAUGAUUUCCAAGGUUUCCUUUUUUAUGAAGCUUUGUGAAUGUCAGAAAAAUAAUAUUUGUAUGUGAUUUUUUUAAAAUUUGCAAUGUGAUUUGAUUCAGAAAUACUUCUGGAAUUGUUAUAAAAUAAUUUUAUGUUAUCCAAUGAAUGAAUUGGGUUGUAUGAAUGCAAUAAUGGGUCAUGAUUCUCUUGUUGUCUGCAAUUGUGAUGGCCUAAUCCACAGUUGAUUUGAAGUACUUGAAUGUAAAUGGAUUUGCACAGCUAAUAUAUAAGCUUCAAAUUGGCCUGAUCUCAAUAUAUUGCUCAGCUACAUCUGUUGAA